AUGUCUCAACACUCCCAAUAUGACGCUCCUGGUGUCCCUGUCCAGCCCUCACUAUCGUUCACACAAGGGUUCCUCCUCGGACAGCUUUCCGUCGUACUCCUAAUCGGAGCGUUCAUCAAAUUCUUCAUCUUCGGUGAAGCACCAGCACCCCCCUCGCGCGGGCUAGCCAGUCGCACUGCAUCGCAUCAUCGAUCCUACUCCAUAAACCAAGGCGACAACAAUGUUAGCAACAAUAAUACAAGCGGCGGUAGUCCACGGACACUAUGCGAAAAGCCAUCUACUUCGAACGUCCUCCGACCUGUCCCCUCAUCCGCAACUAAUACACGCUCAAUUCUGAGAAAAACAUACUACAACGCCAUCCCCACACAGUUCUCGCAUACAAAGCAAGGUCGGCACCGAAUACAACAUUCUACACAUCAACCGGAAUCGUUGGAUUGGUUUAAUGUCUUGAUUGCGCAGACGAUCGCGCAGUAUCGGCAGACAGCGUAUUUGCUGAAGGAUUCGCCGACGAGUUCGAUUCUUGAUUCUCUGUCUGCGGCAAUCAAUGACCCGCAAAAGAAACCGUCGUUUAUCGACACCAUUAAGGUCACUGAUAUAUCGCUAGGCGAGGAGUUUCCGAUCUUCAGUAAUUGUCGCGUUAUUGUAGUGGACGAUCCGAAUUCAGACGGAGGCAGAUUACAGGCAUUGAUGGACGUUGAUCUGAGCGAUGAUAAUUUGUCGCUGGCUAUUGAGACAUCGCUGAUAUUGAACUAUCCCAAACCUCGCUCUGCCGUAUUGCCUGUUGCAUUGUCGGUUUCCGUGGUGAGGUUUUCGGGUACACUGUGCAUCUCCUUGAUUCCGGCUGCUACAGAACAGAGUCCCUCCUCUGCACCAACGCCGGAUGCAAGCAACUUAAAUGUGCGGACGCUAUUCCAACACAUCUCGGCCGAGCUGAAUGGAACAGCAGCGAAUCCCACAGCCAACCCCGAGAAAAAAGGCGUUCCUAAAACGAACCUGGCAUUCUCGUUCCUUCCAGACUACAGAUUAGAUCUUUCGGUGCGAUCACUUAUCGGAUCUAGGAGUAGGCUGCAGGAUGUCCCCAAAGUGGCGCAGCUAGUCGAAGCUCGCAUUCACUCCUGGUUCGAAGAACGGGUCGUCGAGCCGCGCGUCCAGGUUGUUGGAUUACCCGAUUUCUGGCCUAGAAAGGGGCGAACGGGCGUCAGACCUGGUGAGGAUGCUGAAGCUGCUGCCGCGGUCGCAGCGGCUUCUGCAUCAUCUCGCGGUGGUGCGCCAGAAGCGACGCCGUCUGUUCCAGAAGAGGCUAUUAUCGAUGAUAGCCCCGUAAGGCCUGGAUUGCGGUUUCGUGGACCGGCGGGUAGAUAUGAUUCGGGCUCAAGUUUUGAUGAGCUUCCGAGAGCUGGUCCGGGGUUGGGCGAGCCGUUGGAUAUACCGGGUUCGAUGCCUGGGGGUCGGGCACAGUGA